UGAAACGUUAACCUCGAUAGAAAUGGUAGUACUGUUGCAUUCAUUUUGGCUGUACAGAUAGGUCAUGGUCUUGAUUUUAUUUGUCGUGUAUGUUCUUUCAGUGCACAUUUUCCAUAGUGCUCAUGGCUGUAAUGGACAGUGAGUGCAAGUACGUGCUUGUAGACGUCGGUGCGGAAGGCCGCCAAACCGAUGGAGACAUCUUCAAGGAGUCGGACUUCGGCCGUGACCUAACUGAUGGUUGCCUGGAUAUUCCACCACUUGGCAGCCUGCCAGGCACAUCAACAAAUGUGCCAUACGUCUUUGUGGGAGACGAGGCAUUCCAGUUGAGGAAAGAUUUUAUGCGACCGUACCCCGCAAAACCACUUGACGAUGGCAAGAGGAUCUUCAACUACAGGCUCAGCCGAGCAAGGCGCUGUGCAGAAAACGCCUUCGGCAUCACCGCAGCCAGGUGGAGAAUACUCCUUCGCACAAUCAACCUUCACUCUAAGAAUGUUGAUUUCGUGUCGAAGGCCGCCUGUGUCCUCCACAACUUCCUUACACUGCACAAUCCACACGCCCACCAAUUCCCGGACAGGGAAGACAGCUUUGGAAAUGUUGUUGGAGGGUGCUGGCGGCAAGGUAUGCAACAAGUGCCAGACAGCUGUUUGUUUUCUCUUGCUCCAACACGGGCACGAAAUUAUGAUGGCGAUGCAGCUGCUUCAAGAAAGUUGUUCACCCGCUACUUUUCCAGCAGUGCUGGCCAGGUACCUUGGCAGUGGCGUUUACCAGGAUUGACAAGGACGCAGCCCUUCUAG